GUGCAGCAUUUCUGACUACGGUGGCGUCCGCAGGGAUGAUCGCAGGAUUCGGCUCCACAUUGGCGCUCGCCAAGAAGAAAAGCCCAGAGUGGUUCAACAAGGGCGUCACAGCGACGGCGGCAGUCCCGGAGAGCGGCGCAUCUCUGGCCCUCAGAGCUCUGGGGUGGGGCUCGCUGUUCGCCUGGUGUGGAGUAGGCCUGCUCGGCUUCAGCGUGUGGAAAGUCCUCGGCGUUCACAGCCUCCCAGAGUUCAGACAGAAGAUGCAGUCCUUCUUCCCGUCCAUCCCAAAGAGCGACAUAGCUGGAUCUGAACCUCUGGACUGGGAUGCAGUCUUCAAGUCGAAGUGACUCAAAUCAUCAGUGGGGUGAAAUCGAACGUGUACGCCGGCGUUUCUCAGACACUUGGCAGCUUUUUGUUUUUUUCUGGAAGCAAUGGAGGAGCCGAAUGAACCUACGAACCACUUUGCUCCCAGUUUGGUUCUAAUUUGGUUCCAGCUUGUCGAAAAUGGAUCAGCUGUAAGACGAACAGACUGAGUUCUGAUUAGUUUUCCCCACCGAUGGAAGCAGUUCUAGUAAAGACCAUGGAAAUGAUAUUUUUCUCUGAAUGUGAUUCUAUAAUUUCAUUCUGAGUUGCUGCUUUCUUUGUGUUUUCUGCUGCUGGCAGUGUUCAAAGCUGUGAGAUGAAUGUAAAGAAGGUAGAACAUUUCUGAAAAUACUGUGUGAAAGGAUCAAAAUCAGGAAUAAGAGGUUGAGAAAACGUUCAGUGGAGUUGAAAUAUUUAAGGAAAAGAUAAAUGCAGUUAAUAUUGAGCAGCUGCAGUCAGUUAUUCUUUUACAACAGAAAUCACUAAUGAAAUGUGCUCUUUGCACCUUUUUCUUUAUGUAUCGCUCUGAAGCCUCAACUAAUUUCUAUUCAAAGUACUCAGGAUGUUGACAGCGUCAAUCAGCACGCUAAGGUUAGCUUAGCAUACACAGCAUGUAUCUGACAGCAGCAGCUUCAUCACAUCCAAGUUAUCUGUUUCUUCGUCAUGCUGGUACUCCAGUAUACAGUUUGUACAUGCUGCAUUCUCAGCUGCUGUAUGAAUUUAUAACGUCUGCGUAGCCAUGGAUAUCUGUUUUUCUAAUAAAAGUAGAGGUCCCAGCACAGAGCCAAGGGGAACUCCACAGCUAACUUUUGUGGCUCCUUGUUCAACAAACUAAAAUCUAUCAGAUG